AUGCUGGGUAACGUAGCUCAUCCACAGGUUGGCGUACCAAUGGGUGGAACACUGAUGCAAUCUUGGAUGGAGCUGUGGAAUGAGUGGGAGAUCCAAACUGUUGUUGUCGCCAGCUUCAGUCUGCAGGUUCUCCUCUUUUUCUUUGCUGGGAUCCGCCGCUACACCGUCUCUUCUAUUCUCAAGGUCCUCCUCUGGUUUGUAUAUCUGUUUGCUGAUGUCGUUGCAACAUAUGGCCUGGGUCACAUGUCCUCGUCAGUGUCGAAGAAAUCGUCUAGCGAGCACCAGCUAGUGGCGUUCUGGGCGCCAUUCCUCCUGCUGCACCUCGGCGGCCAGGACACCAUCACUGCGUAUGCCUUGGAGGACAAUGAACUCUGGCGGCGCCACCCCCCAAGGCGACGUACACCUUUUCUCCUGAGGAUUUAUGCCUAUUUUUCCCCCAAGACCUUUUCUCGUGAGGGGGAUGACCAAAAAGGUGGAGACUGCUUCACCAAAAACAAACAAUUUAGAGCAUAUGAAUUUAUUGUGAUGACAGCACACGAGUUGCGCCAUGUACUUGUCAAGCCUUUAAUCAUAGACAGGAAUGAGGCGUCCAUAGACUGGAAUUAUAAAACAACUGCUCUUGUAAAGGGUCUUGUACAAGGAUUUCCAUGGCAAGACGACGAGAGCGAAGAUGCAUUGGCAAAGGAGCAGAGGACUGUUGGGGAGCUGUACAAGGGAAUAGAGGUGCAGCUCGGCCUGAUGUAUGACAUGCUCUACACCAAGGCAGAAGUGAUCCACAAAAGCCGUGGCCACUGGAUCCGUGCCAUUUCACUUGUGUGUUGCUUCACCGCUCUUGUGGUCUUCACAAGAAGCAAGAGAGAUGGAUACAGCACACCCAACAUUGUUAUCACUUUUGCUCUUCUGGGCGGAGCUUGCGCACUGGAGGUCACAUCUGUUUUAAAGGCGAUUGGGUCAACCUGGACAUAUGACAUCUUGAGACGCUACAGAUGUAAGUGGCUGGCCAAUGCAGUUCUGUUUGCACGUUACCACCUCGUCGUCGUCAAGGAUGGAAGGUGGUCCAAUUCCGUCGGGCAAUUUGACUUCAUAUCCUUCUGUGUUCACAGCAGCAAGAGGGGCCUCAAGGGAACAAUAGCCCGUUUGAUUGGGGUCAAGGACUUGUGGGACAAAGCUCGCUGCACCAAACAUGCCAAGCUUUCACCUGCCGCGAAGGAGUUCGUAUGGGGCUUGCUCAAAGGUGACAAGACUCAUAUGGUUGAAAUUGAAGAGGCGGACAUGCGAAGUGGGAACUGGGCUCGUAGGUUCAGGGGCAUCGACGACCGGAUCAAACAGCUCGAUUGGAGCAUGAGUUUCGAAUUUCAGAAGAGUGUGGUUAUCUGGCAUAUAGCUACAAGCACCUUCCUCAGUAACCCCGCCGUCAAAUCGAAGCUGGUCGACAAGGACAUGGCUGAAGAAGUUAAUACUCUGUCUCAUUACAUGAUGUACCUCCUCGUCAAGCAUCCUGACAUUCUGCGCAUGAAACCGGCUGCUAAGGACAUGUUUGAGGAAACCUGCCUCUGUUACGGUUUGGGUAUGCAUAGGUUAGGCUGGAAGAGAAGUAAUGUGGUUGAUUUUCACCAUGUAAUUCUGGAUUACAAUAAAGGGGGCAAGCAUCUUGAGGACGAACCAUAUGAUGGCUUGACGAUGACGCAGCGUCUUAAAUAUAUAGAAGAUCUAUAUGGUGACUUGACGCAUCCCAGUUGGGAUGCUCACCCGGGGGAUGCUGUGCUGGUGAAAGCAUCCACCCUUGCCCACACAUUGCUCGAUGUGGAGUUGGGGCUCACAUAUAAGAUGGCGAUAAUCAGAACGGUGUGGAUGGAGAUGUUGUGCUACGCAGCAACCAAUGCAGCAGAGGGAUUCCACGCCAGGCAGCUGAGCAAUGGUGGUGAGUUUCUGACCCACAUCCUGCUCCUAACUAAAUAUUCCUCUUUUAUAGAUAAUAAUAAUCCAAAGCCGUCCAUGGAAGCUGAUGAAACUGUGGAGGCUAGUACUGCUGACCACGUACAGCUGAAUGUGGAUGAUGAUUCCAAUGAUGAGACCAUCGAAAUCCGCCCAAUGUAG